GGCAGCGUGCUGUUUUGGAUGUUCAAGACAACUCUCAGCCGACCCUAUGUUGUUCCAGACCAUCGCCAUCACUGGCAUUCUUAGGCUGGCUUAUGCCUCUUCUGCUUUGUCAAACAAUGGCUUGACAGUCAAUACCACCAGUGGACAGCUCCAAGGCUUUGUCAACGAGACAGCACCCGAUGUUCGUCAAUUCCUUGGUAUACCCUAUGCGCAACCACCGGUUGGAGCUCUGAGAUUUGCUCCGCCCGUAGACUUCGUAUCGAGCCAGUCCAUCAAUGCGACCGCACUACCGAACUCCUGCAUGCAGCAAUUUUCGAAUGGAUCCACCAUCUACACAGCGUACGAACAGCAAUUUCUCACCAGUGGAGGUCAGUCAGAAGACUGCCUCUUUCUCUCCGUUUGGACACCUUCGAUUGCUGGCAUCGACGCAAAAGGCUCUCCUCUUCCAGUCUUUCUGUACAUUCCUGGAGGUGGAUUCACUGGUGGAGGUCAGAACUCCAUGUACAAGAUUCCGGACAAGUGGGUGCAGAGAACGCAGUCGCAUAUCGUGGUCGUGAUGAACUACCGCGUCAACGUAUUUGGCUUUCCAAACGCUGCAGCUCUUGCACAUCAGAAUCCAGGAUUACUUGAUCAGCGCAAAGCUGUGGAGUGGACCUACAAGAACAUUGCUCAGUUCGGUGGUGAUCCGAACAGAAUCACACUCUGGGGCCAGUCAGCUGGUGGUGCGAGCGUCGCAAACUACCCCUAUGCGUUCGCAGAUGAUCCGAUUGUAGCUGGCUUGAUCGCAGACUCCGGAGCUACGGGCAUCAUCGCAAAGUCUGAUCCGACGCACACCAACUUCACAGCUCUCGCCGGUCUUGUCGGCUGCAGUAGUCUGAAUGCCACCGCUGAACUCGCAUGUGUGCGAAACGUCAAUGCGACGGCCUUGGAGAGUGCUUUGUCGAACUAUGUUAUCAGCAAGAAGACUCCCGCGAUCUCUUUCACACCAUCAGAUGACAACAUCACUGUAUUCUCCAACUAUACUGAUCGUUUGGUUCAUGGCCAUCUUGCACCUCUGCCAUUGAUAACUGGCUCAAACACAAACGAGGGUGCAGGAUUCGUACCUUUCACCCCAGCCGGUCCAGGUAACGCGACGCUUGUCAAUACUACACUGUCUAUCAUCGCUUGUCCUGUCGCUCGAGACGUCGCCCGCCGUGACAUCGAUCCUUCACUGUAUCCCACCUACCGUUAUCUCUACACCGGUAACUUCAGCAAUAUCUCGCCCGUCUCCUGGUUCGGCGCGUAUCACAGUGCUGAGCUACCUCUGCUCUUCGGCACACAUGAUGAGUAUGGCCCAGGCAACUCCACCAGUUUCGAGUAUGCCGUGAGUCAGACAAUGGAAGCGUUGUGGUUGAGCUUCGCGGAGAAUCCAGCUGCUGGUCCGAAGAGAUUCAACAGCUCAGAUGGUGGCUACUUUGCUUGGCCCCAGUUCCGACCGAAUGCAAGCGACCUCGUCGUGUUUGCAGAAGGUGGUAAGACUUUGCAGCUCGCUGAAGCCGGUCCCCGAGUUGAUGACUUCUGUGGGCUGUGAGCAUGCGGAAAUGUGGGGAACUGUAUGUGCGCACUCGAGGACGCGAGAAUGACGUGGGAUUUCUAACGUGGGUCUGCUCGCUGGUUUCGCGAGGUUCAGCCAGAUCAACUGUGAGCUUGGCAUUACCGGCCUUCGAUUCUAUCAGCGGUUGAUUGUAGACAGCGAAGGACAGGCAGACAUAUGCGCAGGCUUCUUUAUCGCAGUACGGCAUCUUUACGUAGUAAG